CGCUACCGCACUUCACCGCAACGCAGCUCAGUUAGCUUAAGAAGAAAAAAGAGACCAUUUUCUCAGCAUUCAAGCACUCAUCUUCCCGAGAAAAUCUCAAUCGUCUCUCAUUUUCCAUCAUGUCGUGGCAGGCCUACGUCGAUGAGCACCUUAUCUGCGACAUCGAGGGUAAUCAGCUCACGUCUGCCGCCAUCCUCGGCCAAGACGGCAGCGUUUGGGCUCAGAGCUCCAAUUUCCCUCAGUUCAAGCCCGAGGAAAUCACUGCUAUCAUGAAUGAUUUUGCGGAGCCCGGAUCACUUGCUCCUACUGGACUUUACCUCGGUGGAACAAAAUAUAUGGUAAUCCAAGGUGAGCCCGGAGCUGUCAUCCGAGGGAAGAAGGGUCCUGGUGGUGUUACUAUUAAGAAGACCAAUCAGGCAUUGAUCAUUGGCAUCUAUGAUGAACCAAUGACCCCGGGUCAGUGCAACAUGGUUGUUGAGAGGCUCGGUGACUAUCUCAUUGAGCAGGGUCUCUAAUCCUCUCUUACUCUCUCUAUCUCUUAUGGUUCAUAGCAUAUUUCAUUGGCUUCUGUACAAGGUUUUUGCGUCGACCCGGAGUUGGAACUGGGAAUGCUUGAUUCUAGUAUAAUAAUUUUACGGUUAUGUUGCAGAAAAAAAAAAUGAAAAAAAGUUUGGGGCUUGAGAAGUAAUGACCAUAAUCUUUGUCGUUGUACUUUUUUUUAGUGGGGAACCUGUAUACAUUACAGUGGUUUUAAUUUUUAAUGCUAUGGUAUAAUGAUUGGCAUAUUUAUAUAAACUUUGCAGAUUCUUAUC